UACAUCCACUUCCUGGUGGUUCAGGCCAAAGUGAAGAAGGUCAAGUAUGAUGGAGGAGAUGAGACAGAUCCACACUGGAGUCCAGAGAACAGGAAGGUAAUUGAGUCUCUGGGAAAAUUGGCUUUUGAUCAGCUGCAGAAAGGAAACCUGAUCUUCUAUGAAUCAGACCUGACAGAGUGUGGCAUCGAUAUCAGAGCAGCCUCAGUGUACUCAGGAGUGUUCACACAGAUCUUUAAAGAGGAGAGAGGACUGUACCAGGACAAGGUGUUCUGCUUCAUCCAUCUGAGUGUUCAGGAGUUUCUGGCUGCUCUUCAUGUCCAUCUGACCUUCAUCAACUCUGGACUCAAUCUGAUGGAAGAACAACAAACAACCUCUAUGUGGUCUAAAUUAUUUAACAAAUCAAAUCUUCAAACUCUCCAAAAGAGUGCUGUGGACAAGGCCUUACAGAGUCCAAAUGGACACCUGGACUUGUUCCUCCGCUUCCUCCUGGGUCUUUCACUGCAGACCAAUCAGACUCUCGUACGAGGUCUGCUGACACAGACAGGAAGUAGCUCACAGACCAAUCAGGGAACCGUCCAGUACAUCAAGAAGAAGCUUAGUGAGAGUCUGCCUGCAGAGAAAAUAAUCAAUCUUUUUCACUGUCUGAAUGAACUGAAUGAUGGUUCUCUAGUGGAGGAGAUACAACAGUCCCUGAGAUCAGGACGUCUCUCCAGAGAUAAACUGUCUCCUGCUCAGUGGUCAGCUCUGGUCUUCAUCUUACUGUCAUCAGAAAAAGAUCUGGAUGUGUUUGACCUGAAGAAAUACUCUGCUUCAGAGGAGGCUCUUCUGAGGCUGCUGCCAGUGGUCAAAGCCUCCAACAAAGCUCUGCUGACUCACUGUAACCUCUCAGAGAGAGUCUAUAAAGCUCUGUCGUCAGUUCUUGGCUCCCAGUGUUCUAGCAUGAUAGAGCUGGACCUGAGCUACAACAGCCUGGAGAAUUCAGAACUGGAGUUUCUAUCUUCUGGACUGAAGAAUCCACAAUGUAAACUGAACACACUGAGACUGAGUCAAUGUAACCUCUCAGUGAAAAGUUUUGAAGCUCUGUCCUCAGUUCUCUGCUCCUCUCGUCUGAGAGAGCUGGACCUGAGCUGCAACAACAUUUGGGAUUCAGAAGUGAAACUUCUGUCUUCUGGACUGGAAAGUCCACAAUGUACACUGAACAUGCUGAGGCUGAGUCAUUGUAACCUCUCAGAGAGAAGCUGUGAAGCUCUGUCCUCAGCUCUCAGCUCUCAGUCCUCUAGUCUGAAAGAACUUGACCUUAAUAACAAUAGCCUGCAGGAUUCAGGAGUGAAGUGUCUGUCUGUUUCACUGCAGAGUCCUCACUGUACACUGGAAACUCUCAGUCUGUCAGGCUGUCUGAUCACAGAGGAGGGCUGUACUUCUCUGGCCUCAGCUCUGAGCUCCAACCCCUCCCAUCUGAGAGAGCUGGACCUGAGCUACAAUCAUCCAGGCGCCUCAGGAAUGAAGCUGCUGUCGGCUCAACUGAAGGAUCCAUGCUGGAGACUGGACACUCUCAGGUAUGGAGAGAAUGUCGGAUAGAGGAAGAAGAGCUGGAAACAUUUGCAGAAACAUUAAUGAUAACUGACUUUUGCUUACCAUUUAUUCACCACUUGGACAGAUCUCUGUUAGAGAUGGCACGAUACCACUUUUUAAUGUCCGAUACCGAUAUCAUAAAUUUGGAUAUUUGCCGAUACCGAUAUGA